UCUUCUUCUUUCCCUUGUCCAGCACCGGGAAGCCGCAGGGCAGAGCCCCAGGACCAGGUGCCUCCCCCCUUGCCCCGGGUAGCCGGGCUUUGUUGGCUCGCCACGUGAACCCACUUCGGGACGGCGGCAGCCCGCCGGGGAACCCCAGACAAAGCCCCAUUGAGAAGAGGGCAGGGGACGUCCAGCAACUCCAGGGGGAGGCUGGAGAGAGACCAGCGACCCUCCCCGCGAGCAAGAGCCACUUGAGGGGAGGGGACAGGCGGGAGUGGGUUCUUAGCCCCCCACGCGUGUGUCUCUCCUUUCCUGGCUGGAGCUGGACGAGAGAGCCGAACCCAGCGUGUGUGGGGGAGAUGCUGAAAGGAGCCGCUGAGCUGGGAUCUAUGGAGCAGUUUAUAGGAAAGAAGUAACGCUGCCAAAAUCCUGCCGGGGAGUGAUAAAACGGAGCCUUGGAAGUGUCGGUCCCCCCCCCCGCCCCCCGCUUCCCGCACUGGCUGCGCAUCAAAAUGGGAAGGAGCAAUAGCGCUUUACGGUCUUGCAAAGGGAAGCUUCGAAACUAACCCAGGAGCCCCCAGAUCCAAGGAGCAGGAACUGCUGCAAGCUGCUGGCGUGUGUGUGUCCUCAAUGAACAGGAGCGGGGGCUGGAGCCGCUGGCAACUCAUCUAGGACAACUUUUUUUCCCCCCCGAAGGAUCCAUUUCUGUGAAGGACCAUGGAGGAGUGGAGGCAGUGUGGCCGCUGGCUGAUCGACUGUAAAGUUUUGCCCCCGAACCACAGGGUGGUCUGGCCAUCAGCUGUUGUGUUUGACCUGGCUCAGGCUUUGAGAGAUGGAGUCUUGCUCUGCCAGCUGCUUCAUAACCUGUCACCUGGAUCUGUUGAUCUCAAGGACAUCAAUUUCAGGCCACAGAUGUCACAGUUUCUCUGUUUGAAGAACAUUCGAACGUUCUUAAAAGUCUGUCAUGACAAAUUUGGGCUAAGGAACAGCGAGCUGUUUGACCCCUUUGACCUCUUUGACGUGCGGGAUUUUGGAAAGGUGAUAUCAGCUGUAUCCAGACUUUCCCACCACAGUAUCGUUCAAACCAAAGGAAUUAGACCCUUCCCUUCCGAGGAGACCACAGAGAACGAUGAUGACGUCUAUCGGAGCUUGGAGGAACUGGCUGAUGAACAUGAUCUGGGGGAGGAUAUUUACGACUGCGUCCCUUGUGAAGAUGAAGGCGAUGAUAUCUACGAAGAUAUCAUCAAAGUGGAAGUUCAGCAACCCAUGAUCAGAUACAUGCAGAAAAUGGGAAUGACAGAAGAUGACAAAAGAAAUUGCUGUUUGCUAGAAAUUCAGGAGACCGAGGCCAAAUAUUACAAAACACUUGAAGACAUAGAAAAGAACUAUAUGAAUCCCUUAAAGCUGGUACUGACUCCACAAGAGAUGGAAUCUAUUUUUAUCAAUUUGGAGGACCUAAUUAAAGUGCACUUCAAUUUCCUGAGGGCCAUCGAUGUCUGUAUGAUGUCUGGAGGAAGCAGCUUGGCGAAAGUUUUUCUAGAAUUCAAAGAAAGGCUGUUGAUUUAUGGCGAGUACUGUAGCCAUAUGGAAUGCGCCCAAAAUACCCUGAAUGGUCUCAUUGCAAACAAAGAGGACGUUAGGCAAAAAGUUGAGGAAUGCACAUUGAAGGUUCAGGAUGGGAAGUUUAAAUUGCAAGAUCUGUUGGUGGUACCAAUGCAAAGGGUCUUGAAGUAUCAUCUCCUGUUAAAAGAGCUUCUCAGCCAUUCGUCUGAUCGGCCAGAAAAGCAGCAACUCAAGGAAGCUUUGGAAGCCAUGCAGGACUUGGCCAUGUACAUAAAUGAAGUCAAGAGAGACAAAGAGACCUUAAAGAAAAUAUGUGAAUUUCAGAAAUCUAUAGAAAACUUGCAAGGGAAACUGGAAGAAUUCGGGAGGCCAAAGAUAGAUGGUGAACUGAAAGUCCGUUCAAUAGUGAACCACACCAAGCAGGACAGGUAUUUAUUUUUGUUCGAUAAAGUGGUGAUCGUCUGUAAAAGGAAAGGAUACAAUUAUGAGUUGAAAGAAAUUAUCGAGCUGCUUUUCCAUAAGAUGACCGAUGAUCCCAUGAACAACAAGGACAUUAAGAAGUCUCAUGGAAAAAUGUGGUCAUAUGGGUUCUACCUGAUUCACCUUCAAGGAAAGCAGGGCUUCCAGUUUUUCUGCAAGACGGAAGACAUGAAGAGGAAGUGGAUGGAGCAGUUUGAAAUGGCAAUGUCCAACAUUAAGCCAGAUAAAGCCAACGCGAAUCACCACAACUUCCAGAUGUACACAUUUGAAAAGACGACCAACUGCAAAGCGUGCAAGAUGUUUUUAAGAGGAACUUUCUAUCAGGGCUAUCUGUGCAUGAAAUGUGGAGCAGGUGCUCAUAAAGAAUGCUUGGAAAUUAUUCCUCCCUGCAAGAUCAGUUCUCCAGCAGACCAGGACUCAUUAAAUACAGGACCUGGUCCUAAAAUGGUGGCUGUUCAGAAUUACCAUGGCAACCCAGCUCACCCAGGAAAGCCAGUGUUAACAUUUCAGACCGGGGACAUAAUAGAACUGCUCAGAGGGGACCCGGAUUCGCAGUGGUGGGAAGGGAGGUUAAUACAGACGAAGAAGUCUGGUUAUUUUCCCAGUUCAUCAGUGAAGCCCUGUCCUGUGGACACCAGGCCUCCCAUCGGCCGGCCUCCUUCGAGAGAAAUAGACUACACAGCGUAUCCUUGGUUUGCAGGAAACAUGGAGAGGCAACAGACAGACAACCUGCUGAAGUCACACGUCAGCGGGACGUACCUGAUUCGAGAGAGACCAGCAGAGGCCGAGCGCUUUGCCAUCAGUAUUAAGUUUAAUGAGGAAGUCAAGCACAUUAAGGUGGUGGAGAAAGACAACUGGAUUCACAUCACAGAAGCCAAAAAAUUUGAAAGCCUUUUGGAAUUGGUCGAAUACUACCAGACCCACUCACUGAAGGAGAGCUUUAAACAGCUGGAUACAACGUUAAAAUAUCCAUACAAAUCCCGAGAACGUUCUACCUCCAGAACCUUCACUCGCUCCCCAGCUUCCUGUGCUUCCUACAACUUUUCUUUCCUCAGUCCUCAGGGCCUCAACUUUUCUUCUCAGAAUUCCUCCACUCCUUUCUGGUCAGUGGUCACGCCUCCGGCCAUAGGGACAGCGGUGGCACGCUACAACUUCGCCGCACGGGACAUGCGAGAGCUCUCUUUGCGAGAGGGCGACGUGGUGAAAAUCUACAGCAGGAUAGGCGGGGACCAGGGAUGGUGGAAGGGAGAAACAAAUGGAAGAAUUGGUUGGUUUCCUUCAACCUACGUGGAGGAGGAGGGAGUAUAACGAGGACUGGAUCUCUUGCAGGCAUUGCCGAGCGUCCAGGAAAAGCCACUGCAGAGUGUGCACAGUGGUCCCAACGCCCAGGGCUCUGAGUGAAACGCAAUCAGAAAUCCUCCAGUAUUAACAAGUCUAUUGUGAAUUGUUUACAAUCAAUCCUCUGUAAAGUGUGUGUGCGCGUCAGGGGGUGCCACUGGCUCUCAAUCCUGGGUUGUGUUACUUGUGUUUAAGAGAGGGUGUCUAUAAGGUAACAGUUGUCUGUAACAGCAGCAGGAGGGUCCUGGGAAGAUCAUGCUCAACAGCCUUGCCUGAGCAAGGAUAACUCAGCACAGCUCUGCUCAGACACUUCAUCCAAACCCAUUUCACAGAGGGUGUUUCAAAGGCCAUCCUGGGGCUCAUGGUCGGCAGCAACCAAAGUUUCACUCUGACUGAAGGUGGAGGGAGCGUUUCAGAUUUCUACUGAGAAGGAGCAAGCCAGCCCCAAAGUAUCAGAAGAGGCGACCUCACCCCACCCUGCGCUCUCCCCCUGCUGCUUGAAUGGACCCCUCUGGAUAACAAUUUUUCUUGUCAAGUCGGUGUGUUUGACGGCAGAGCCCAACUCUGCUGCCCCCCGCACCCGAGGUGAUUUGGGGAGCAGAGCAGAGGCAUGGUGAGGAGGCGUCUAUCUGUGAGCUUUGUAAGAUACCCAUUGUAAACUAGGAAUGAGUUUUUGAAAAGAGAGAGAGACAGACAGACAGGCGUGAAGUCAAACUGGAUACAGCCACCCCCAGACAUCAUGCAACGUGAGUCUGUUCUCUCGGACUAACUUUGGUCCCACUAGAUUCACCCAGGGCAGAAGGGACAGCACCGUCUGUAUCAGCAUGUCUGGCGGUGUUCGGGGGCUGCGGAAUGUGCCCUCCCUGGGAAGAGUAUUUGGAAGCUAUUGAUGUGCUGGGUGGCACAUACGGUAAUAGCUCCAGAUGUGCAUCAUCUGCUCCAGCAUGUGCACCAUUCACAGUAUGCUUGUCCUGUGCCUAACAAGAAUACAGAAGCCCCUGCCAGAUUAAUGGCCUGUUCCUGUAGCCAUUAUACGCAUCUGCCUCAUUGACCUCCAAUGGGGCUUACUCACCUGACUAAGGACUGCAGGCUGAAUCCCUCAUUAUCCAAAAAUAGAAAGAGUCUCUUUGCCCCAUCCACCAGCACCAUGAGGUUACUCCCCAAGUCUUUCCACCUGUUUUUCCCCCUCCCGUCACCCCUGCAGCCAAUAAGGAAAAAUUCUGUGUUGCCCCCUCACUGUGUCUUUUUCAUCAUUGCACUGCUCUGAAUAAUGUACUCCUGGGUCUCUCGCUUUCCAAGUUAUGUCCAUUUUAUGGGAUAGGCAGAACUGUCCAGUGGAAUCAAUUUCACAUGACCUCUGCCAGGUGCUGCCCUUUGCUCACCAGCAAAGUGCAUUAUUUAAAACAAACAUGAUGCAUCCCCGACAAGGAACAACUCCCACUUCCCGCACUGCCAAGCCCAAGAAAUUCUCCUCCUGUUGCUUUAAAUGAGGCUUGGUCUGCGCUAUAGAGUUAGGUCGACCUAAGGCAGCUUACGUCCGCCUAAUUGUGUCAGUGUACACACUACAGCCUUGCUCCCGCCGAUGUAAGUGCCCUACUAUACUAACA